AUGUCUGACCACAAGCUACCACAAUGGCCGACUACCCAACCGUCAUCCAAGGGCCCUAUAUAUCUCGGCAUCCUCCAUGUGGCACGAAAACGGAUUGCAUGGAUGAUAAUUUGUAUCAUAGUUGUUGGUUCAAUGUUUCGAGCCCAUGAGGCUUUGCCGCAUGCUUUUCGACACAACUCGACAGCAGACAUAUAUAAUGGAACUCUUGGAUUUGAAAGAUUGUUUGCCAUCGGUUUCGAAGGCCGCACUGAUAAACGGGAUGCGAGAAAACUUGCCUCAGCCCUAACUGGCUUCGCUAUUGAGUGGCUUCCAGGUGUAUCUUCUGCAGAUAUCCCGGAAAAGGCAGUACCCCCGACAUGGGACACUGAAGAACAGUCAUCUGGGUCGUUGGGUUGCUGGAGAGCACACAUGGAUGUUGUUGCGAAAGUCGUUGCAGAGAAUAUCCAGACUGCUUUGAUACUAGAAGAUGAUGCUGACUGGGAUGUGAAUAUUAAGGAGCAACUCGUGGAGUUUGCAAAAGGUUCCAAAGCUCUUCAAGGUCAUAAUUCGCCUUUGAGUCCAAUCUCUCCAUACGGUGAUGAUUGGGAUGUUCUGUGGGUCGGACACUGUCGAGCUGGAUCAGCUUGGGAGGACGAACAGGAUAUGUGGGUCAUAGAUGAUGAUCUCACCGUACCAACCACAAAUCACCGCCAUGCUAAUUGGCGAAAUGACUGGUUGCCAGAACCAGUGCAGAGAAAUGGCACUCGAGUCGUCCUCAAGACUCAUGGUGGAAUGUGUAUGUAUGGAUAUGCCAUCAGCCAACGUGGUGCAAGGAAGAUCUUGGCUGCAUUGUCAGUUCAAUCUCAGAAUAUGCCCGUUGAUGUUGGUAUGAGCGCAUUAUGUCGUGAGCGGUCGGUCAAGCCAUUCAAGUGCUAUGCACCUUAUCCGCCAUUAUUCGCCAGCCAUCGACCUGCAGGUCCAAGCUCUCGAGACUCGGAUAUCAGAAAUAAAGACAACAAAUGGCAUGACGCUUUCUCUUUCGACAUUGUCUACAGCACUGCUAUGAACAUCCUACGCCUGGUGGAAGGCAAACAGUACGUCGACGCUCAGUGGCCUGAUGCCGAGUUCACUCGGAUUCCUUAUGGCUUGGAAGCAAGGGACUUGUGGCAGCCCGGAUAUCUGCAGCGGGUGGACAAUCGUAAUCCAGUCAACAAUGAAGCUAAGCCAUCCAUUACGACCUAA